AUGGCGCUCUCUGCUUCCGCCGCCAUCGCAAGCCCCAAAUCCCUCUUCCGCGCUCAAGCCCUUCCCUCCAUUUCAAAACCCAUUGCUCUUGAUGUGGGCAUCGGGCUGCUGUCGGCUUCGAUUCUCGGUCUUGCUCCGAUGGACGCCAACGCCACCAGGAUCGAGUACUACGCCACGGUGGGAGAGCCUAUGUCUCCGAUUCAGAUCUGCCUCACCGAUCCUACCGCACAGCCAGGCCCUGCAGCUCCUUCGCCGCAGUUCUCUCCGCCUUCAACUCCUCGUACUGGCUCGCCUUCUUAUCCUCCUCCUACUCUCCUCGGACAAAGCAACGACGACCAGUCUGAAAUCCCAAUUCGCCAUCUCCCCGCGGCGACGUUUCCAAUCCGAACCGUGCCCAACAGAUCGCCAAUAGCCAGAGUCGGGCUUGAUUUGGAAAUCUGGGGAUUUUCCUUGUCGGUCAGUUGGGACUACGCGUGGAGGGACUUGGGCUCAUGGAGUUGCUCAGAAACUAGAUCUGGAAACCAGAUCGUUGGAUUCACUCACCUGCAGAUGUUGAAUUUCAUGGCGGCAAUCACUGCGAUUUCGGCGCAGUUCCAGAUCGGGUUCUUCUUCCUGGUUUGA